UUAUUGUACACGGCAACAGGAGAGAUUGGAACACCAGCGACCCGACAUACUACUGAUGCCGAGAUAAAACAUUAGGAGAUUAAUUUGAAGGGAUAUCAAGAUGAGGUGUAAGAUGUGGACUUUAAUUGUAUUUUCUCUCGUAAUAUCCGACGUGGAUAGCUUGAAAGAAGAAGUCCCCUUAUUCGAGCAUCUGCUUAAGCAGUACAAACCUACAUCUCGCCCUGUCCUAGCACAAAACAAUACAAUAAAUGUCACAAUGGAUCUAGCACUAAACCAACUGAGGGAUCUGAAUGAACCUGACCAAUAUUUAUUAGUGGUCGUCUGGUUUCGAUACUGGUGGAUUGAUGAACAUCUCACAUGGGAUCCCAAUGAAUGGAGUAACAUUACCGAACUUCGGUUUCACAGAGAUGAAAUUUGGAAACCCGACAUAAUGAUAUAUAAUCAUGCAGAUGAAGAACGCCAUUCUGCAGAGGUUCUAGGAGAGUAUUUUAUCAACGUAUACAGUAAUGGUAGUGUCUAUUGGCCUGUCCCCGCAAUGAUAAAAACCACAUGUAAAGUUGACGUAACGUACUACCCCUUUGACACACAGAGGUGUCCAAUCAAAUUUGGCUCUUGGAGCUACCAUGGGUUUCACCUUGAUUUGCAUCCUAAGAAUGACACAGGAGAUCUAACGAAUUUCAUUUCGCAUGGCGAAUGGAAAAUUUUAGAAUUUCCCGCUGUUAGGACAUCUUUACUUUACGGUUGUUGUGAUGAACCAUACAUUGAUGUCACGUACACCGUUGUCAUGCAACGCAAACCUAUGUUUUACAUCUUUAAUCUGAUGUUACCCUGUGUCCUGUUGAUGGGGGUUGCCAUGCUGGUGUUUUAUUUGCCAUCAGAGUCCGGAGAAAAGGUGUCACUAGCAGUUACGUUGCUGUUAUCCAUGACUGUGUUUUUGCUGGUAAUAGCGGAGAAUAUGCCUCCUACAUCAGAUGUCAUACCAUUAAUAGGUCAAUUCUUUGGUGCUACGAUCGUCAUACUUGGAUUAUCUACCGUUCUAACGGUGAUACAAUUGAAUAUACACUUUAAUGGCGAGCAUGGGUUAAAGGUGCCAACAGCCGUGCGGAAGAUCGUACUGGUCUACAUGGCUAAACCAGUCGGUAUGAGACGCUUAGUUGCUUUCCACCUUGAAAGACUGAAGGCAUAUGAUGAAGUAGAUGAGGAUAUCAGACAGAGCAUCUGUGAUUUACAAGGGCCAGAUAUCAUGCAACUUUACAACACCAGAACAAAGGUGCAAAAAAUUGAAUCCCUGUCAGGCAUGGUCCUAGGGUCACUAGGGGUAAAUAGCUUAAAGGAGGAGAUGCCACUGUUUCACCACUUACUGAAGGAAUACAAAGCUACGUCACGGCCAGUUCUUGCACAGACAACAGCAAUAAAUGUAACCAUGGAUUUAGCUCUAAACCAACUGAGGGACUUGAAUGAGCCUGAUCAGUACUUGAUGGCGGGUGUCUGGUUUCGAUAUUGGUGGAUUGAUGAACAUCUUACAUGGGAUCCUGAGGAGUGGAGUAACAUUACUGAACUUCGGUUUCUCAAAGAUGAAAUCUGGAAUCCAGAUAUACUGAUAUUUAACCAUGCAGAUGAAGAACGCCUUGCUAGUGAAGUCUUAGGAAACUACACAAUCUACGUGUACAGUGAUGGUCGUGCCUUUUGGCCUGUCCCCGCCAUGAUAAAAACCACGUGCAAAGUUGAUGUCACAUACUACCCUUUCGACACACAGAGGUGUCCAAUCAAAUUUGGCUCAGGAAGCUAUCACGAGUUUCACCUUGAUAUUUAUCCGAAGAGCUGUACUGGGGAUAUCAAAUCUUUUGUCAACCAUGGCGAAUGGAAAAUCUUAGAAAUGCCUGCAAUAAGAAAAUCUUUGAAUAAAGAACCAUACGUUGAGGUAACGUACACAGUUGUUAUGCGACGCAAGCCUAUGUUUUACAUCUUGAAUCUGAUGUUGCCUUGUAUUGUUUUGGUGGGUAUGGCCUUGCUGGUCUUCUACUUGCCACCAGAGUCGCAGGAAAAGGUGUCGCUUUCAGGAACGUUGCUGUUAUCGAUGACAGUGUUUCUGUUAGUAAUAGCAGAAAACAUGCCUCCUACAUCAGACGUCAUACCUCUUAUAGGUCUGUUCUUUGGUGCUUCGAUCGUCAUAGUUGGAUUGUCGACCAUAUUAACAGUUAUGCAACUGAACAUUCACUUCUAUGGAGUGCAUGGGUUAAAGGUACCCUCAGCAGUGCGGAAGAUCGUACUGGUAUACAUGGCUAAACCAGUCGGUAUGAGACGCUUAGUUGCUUUCCAUCUUGAAAGAUUAAAGGCAUAUGAUGCAGUAGAUGAGGAUAUCAGACAGAGUAUCUGUGAUUUACAAGGGCCGGAUAUCAUGCAACUUUACAGCACUAGAACAAAGGUGCAAAGAAUUGAAUCCCUGUCAGGAAACUCGUCUCCGUUACCUAUGUCAACGCUGGGUACUACGUCCCGUACGUUGUCCCCCAGUUUCGGAUCAGUAAGUCCAAGGUCGUCAGGUGAUAACCGUUAUGGUGCAAGGUCACCAUUUGAACCGUCGAUGCAAAAUAAUGUUGUGACCGGGCAAACCAAUUCGAUUCUUUUGGACAUUCUACGAAACAUGGAAGAAAUGAACAACUUUCUUAGUAAUGAAAAGGAAGAAAAGGAAACAAGAGGUUUACACAAGCACGAAUGGCAACUGGUUGCUAUGGUAACGGACAGGUAUAUGUUGAUAGGAAUGGUUGUAUUGACUCUCGUAACGAUUCUUGUGAUUUUUCUGGGACCACGGGAUUAUUCGAAGGGGAUUUACUGGGAAGAAAUAACUUCAUGA